CCAGAUGCCAGCCUCUCUUCCCUAAAAAUCCACCAUUACAUUCUCUCUUCCUCUCUCUCUCUCUCUCUCUCUCUUUAAGCUCUCAACCCCCCUUAAACCUCUCUCUCUCUCUCAUGGCGACUCCUUCUCUCUUAUUCUUUUUCAUCUUCCUCCUACCUAUUCUCACCGGCGGUGACCCGAUCCACGACCUCCUAAAAGCCCACGGCCUCCCCCCUGGCCUCCUCCCAAAAUCGGUCGCCAACUUCACCUUCGACCCAUCAACCUCUCUCCUCGAAGCCUACUUAGAAAAACCUUGUUACGCAAAGUACGAUAGCCUCGCUUAUUUUGACCGGGUGGUGACCGGAAACUUGAGCUACGGGGUUUUAAAAGGAGUCGAUGGGUUCAAACAGGAGGAGCUCUUUGUUUGGUUGCCCGUUAAGGGGAUUUUUAAUAAGAAUCCUGAGUCCGGAGUGAUUUUGUUUGACAUCGGCCUGGCUCAUAAGCAGUUAUCGAUGAGCUUGUUUGAGACUCCGCCUGAGUGUAGGCCUGAUGGAGUGCUGGGGGAUAGCGUCGGCGGCUCUCUUGGCAGGAGAGGAGGAAUCCAUGAGCAAAGAUGAUGAUAAUAUACAAAAAUGUAAAACAAAGAGCUCUCAGUUUUUCCUAUUUUGAUCUUUAUGUCUUCUGUUUUGUUUAGCUUUUUAGAGUUUUUUGGGAGAAUUUCAAGGUUUGUUAUGGACUCUGCUGUAAAUGGAAAUUUGAUAAUCAAAUGUCUCUGGGGAGUUGAAGCAUUA